AUGUCACUGGACAUGCCACCACCACAGUACCACCAUCAACAGGGUCAGUCGCAAUCGUCAGGACCACCGGAAUCUCCAGCGAUAGAUCCGCAUGACCCUACUCCCUAUACCUAUCAGCAGCACCAGCAGCAGCCGACACCAUCGCCCGGCCAGCCAGCGCCUACUUGGUCUACCCUCCCGGGGCUCAAUACCACCUUUGAGCUCUCAACGUCAUUUGGUCACGGUCCAUACACACCUCUGAACUCGUCUCAGUCGGACGCUGGCGUUCAGCACACCUCGCUCUCCCCUCUGGUGGCUUCAUGGUCCACCUCUCCCCCGCUUCACGCUUCCGAGCCAAGCCGGCCUGGCGGACCCGUCAGGAACUGGUCGGCGUCGGCAUACCCCCGCAAGCGGUCAUCGGGGAUGAGCAUGUCCCCGCCGCCUAUGGCCACCUACUCUUCUCCUCAUCAUAUCCAGCCGUCGCCAAACUACCCUCCAUACACACAUCACCAGACACCGCAGCCUCAACCUACCUCCUCGCCGUACUCGGCUCACGUGUACCCCUUCUCCACGUCAGCGAGCAUGAGCGCCAUCUCACCGCCCCCCUUCGGUCUCGCCCAGGACAGGAGGAUGUCAUCGCCGGUCGGUAAUCCUAGCUCUGGGCUGUAUACCUUUCAACCAUCCUACACCCCGCAAGGGUACCAUCAGCUCCCCCAUGGUCAGAAAUUACAUCCCGCUCCGCCCGGUAUGGCGAUGACGUACCCCGACCUGGCGUCGGAUGCGAACAAACCCCCUCGUUUCCGGCCGACAAAGGAGCAGCUGGCGAUUCUUAUCGGGUCAUACAAUAAGAACAAGAACCCCGAUACAGCAGAACGCGAGGCCCUCGCUCGUCGCCUCGGACCGGAUGUCCGCUCCAAGACGCUUCAGAUCUGGUUUCAGAAUCGUCGUUCCAAGGCACGCGCAAAGGAGAGGGAAUCGGCGGCGGCGAGUGCUUCUCGGAUCUCGUUUAGCGGGAGCGAGAUCGAUGUGGGUGCCAGUCGGGGCGGAUUCGAUCCUUUUGUUGUUGAGGGAAGUGGGCGGAAGGGGAGUUUGACGGAUGUCGAGUCGUUGCGGGCAAUGGUGCACGAUGAUGAUCCUGCCCUGCAGAUAAUUCCCAUCUCAGUAUUGGCGAUUUCAACCUGGACGCGGUUCCUCACUCCUGGUAUGACCGCCACGCCGGAUCUCUGCCUCGCACUUCGACUUCCAUCCCCGGCGCCUGCGAUUUUCAUCUUCGUCGCUCACCUCGCCGAGACUUAUCGGAUCACCAUACCCCUCGAUGCCCCUACCCCUACCUCCGCGCAUUCCAGCUUCGACUUCAGCCCGACCCACGCUGAGACAGCUUCGAGGAAUCCGAUCUCGUUGAUCGAGGCAGCGGCGAACCCGACGCUGAAUGCCGAAGCGGUGUUGUUGCGCUUCGAGCUGGGUCAAGGUGCUUGCUCAUUCUCGAGCUGGAACACCACGAGCGGGUCGUGGGUUGAGACUGGUGAUUUUUCUGGCGGGGUUGUGGCUGGCGGCGGCAAGGUCGAGGUGACAGGUCAGAGAGAUACUCUUCUUCCCGCUUUCGGACAGGUUCAUCAAUACCUCUACGACGCACCGCUCCUCACACCUGUGACCUUCACAAAUCACCAAACCUCACCUCCGCCUUCACCGUACACUCCCACACCGAUCGCUUCCACGGCUACCUCCACUUUUCUCCCUUUGCGCGUCGAGCCCGUGACCAACUCCUCGCAUACUGCUUUCGCGUCCACCUGGCGGUUCCCUCCCCCUACAUCCGCAACGUCCGCCAAUAAUACCCCGAUCGACCCCUUGGCACCGCCUGGAAGCGACGUCACUGCCAUACGGGUUCGAGUCGGCGCGAUGGGACACGCCAAGCAGCGUAGCUUGAGUGCUCCGAUGGCGAUGCCUGCGGAGUAUGUGGCAGGGCGGAAUGAUUUGGAGAUGGGAGGCGAUGCCACCGCUGAGCGGUCCGGGGGGCCAGAGUACGUCUGGCCAAGCUCGCAGACGUACGGCCAGGCCCCCACAGACCAGCCGCUCCGCUACCAGCUUCAAAGCCAUAGCACUCCCGUCGACGCGCACCUAUACCGUACCGCAUGGCCAUUCGAGCCCCCCGCGAGCCUCGGAACCGUCGGUCAGCUCAUCAACCCCGCGCAUACCGCUCCUACCCCGUCCGCCGGCGCUUAUCUCAACGGGACGACUCGACCCAUCCCGAUCGCGUCGGCAAGGCCGAUCAUGCACAAUCGAGCUCCCAGUUAUGGCAGCGACGUCCGAGGGGAGCGGGGCGACUCGGUCGGUCUGUCUCUACGGAGCGGCGCAUCGAGCUCGGGCUCCAUCAUGCUCGCGGCCGAGGCCCAGGCCUCUCCGCCUUUCGUCUUUGACGCGAUGAUGGGUCUGGGGAUAGGGUAUGAUGCGCAAGGUUCUGGCGUUGAGGGCGGGCAUGACGGUAGUCGCAUGGGAGGGAUCAAGAUGGAGGUAUUGGAGGAAGGGUGA